AUGUUCCACGACUCUACCGUUCGACGGCGCAUGGGGUUUUGGCGCGAAGAGCCGCGCUGCAAAACGCAGCGCACGGCCGCGCGGUCGAUCGCCUCUGAUUAAAGACGGGGGCCGAGCGCCGCGACGGUCGGACAACACAGGUCGCCAUGGGCAUCAACAACUUCCACAAGUGGGUCGACGCGACGUUUGGGUGCACGCAGAAGGCGUCAAGGGUCGACUGCGAGGACCUGUUGGUGGAUAUGAAUUCGCUCGUCCACGGCGCCGCCCGCAAAGCGAACACGCCGGCGCAAGCCCACAAGCUCAUCCUCAAGCGACUCGAAGGGCUGCUCGACGAGCGGCGGCCGGGCCCCACGGUGCGCGCGUCGCAAACGCUCGCUCUCUUCUCCGACGGACCCGCUCCUCUGGCCAAGCUCACGACGCAACGGGCGCGGCGGCUCCGCGGCCGGUCCGCAGCGCGAGCAGACGGCUACGACGAAGACGUCGUGGACGAGGCCAAGUUCACGACGCUGAUGAUCAGCCCCGGCACGGCGUUUUCGAGGGCGCUCGCCGAGCGCCUCGACGCCUGGGCGGCGAAGCGCCUCGCGAAGGGCCGCGGCUUCCGGAGGGUCGUCCUCAGCGACGCGUCCGUCGCCGGCGAGGGCGAAUUGAAGGCCUUCGAGUACGCGGACACGUACGGAGACCGCGACGUCGUCGUGUACGGUGGUGAUGCCGACUUAGUGGCCAUGGCGCUUUCGCGGUGCCCUGUGUGGAAAUCAACCAGUGCGUCGGGUGCACCCGAGAAUUCUUCACUAAGUCAUUUCUCGGCGAUGACGCGGCCGUCCUGGCUCGGUCGAGCGGAGAAGAGCCGGCAUCGCCACGCCAUCGAGCAGGCAUCGCGUCGACGGCGUGGAGGACGACGCGAUGAUUCAGCACGAACGCGCCGUAAGAUUUUGAUUUCCACACAGGCGGUGCCAGCGACGAGGACGCUUGCGCAUCCUGGACGAGAACGGGCGGCUCAUAGACGUGAAGACUCUAGCGAAGCGCGUCGCGCCGGCGCACCCCUUAGACCUGGCCGUCUUGGCCAUCGCCGGCGGCGGCAACGACUACCUGCCCGGGCUGCAACAUUCCGCACCACACCUCUGGAGUGCGUUGAAAAAGAGUAAGGCGGGGCCGCUCUGGCGCGACGGCGCGCUGGACCGCGCGGCCUUCGCGGCUGUCCUAAAGGCGUUUGGCGAGUCGCGCGAAGGGAAGGGCGAGAGCGGCGAUCUGCGGGAAGCGGCGCUCGGGCGGCGGCGCGCCGACGGCGCGCCGGCAGCUCCGCGGACCGUCAUCACCACGUUAGAGCCAAGGCGGGCGGACCUCUGUAACGUCCGCGUGUUGCCGCCGCGGGACUUCGGUGACGUGGCGCGCGGCGCGGAGACUCUCACGUACCGCGUCCGCUGGCGGCGCGCCAACGGCGGGGCGUGGUGCGCGGCGCAAGCUUACGAGACCGGCGCGCCGCUCGACGCCGUUCCGCUCGAGACAAUCAAACACGGCGUGCCCAUCCGCGUGCCCGCCGGCGGCGGCGAGGUCGAGGUCUGCGCCUGUGUGGAAAUCAACCAGUGCGUCGGGUGCACCCGACAAUUCUUCACUAAGUCAUUUCUCGGCGAUGACGCGGCCGCUGAACGCGCCGUAAAAUUUUGAUUUCCACACAGGUCUGCGCGAGCGCGAAGAACAGUAAAGGUUGGGGCGCAUCGCGUACUCAGAAGCAGCGGCGCGCGAAAAGCUUCUGUAUGGCGCUGGGCCCCGACGAACACGAUGCGCACACGGCCGCGGAAAUGAAGCGCCAGCCGGCCGCGGCCGAAACGCCGGCGAACGACGACGCUCCGGCGCCCGCGAUCCCGGCUCCCAUGAAGCGCGCCUGGGACGCGGCAGCUUGGUUGGACCAGCUCGAGUGGACCCUGGCCAUGUACGUGCGCGGCCGUUGCGUGGACUGGCGCCUGCUCUACGCGUACCCCGGCAGGCCGUCCGUCGGGGACCUCGUGCGGGCCUGCGGCGCGCCCGCCCCGAAGUGCGUACCGCGGCCGCCGAUCUCGCCCGUCGCUGCGCUAGCUUGUUUGAUUCCAGGGCGGUCCGCUGCGGCCUUAUUACCGACGAAGGCGCGAUUGCUCCUCGACGACGGCUCGCCCAUCGCCAGUCUUUGGUGGGGGGCGAACGACGCCAUCGACGUCGACGCUAUUGAAGCCGCCGUCGACGAAGCGGUGCCUCCGGCUUGGGGUACGCCCGUGAUCGUCGACGCCAAGGGCCGCACCGCUGUUAGGCUUCUUGCCGACGGCGCCGCAGCGUAUCCGCCUCUGCCCCGAGCGCGUGGCGGCGGCGGCCGGGCGCCGCCGCCGCGCGGACGGGCACCACCGCCGCGCGGCCACCCUGUUCCGCCGCCGCGCGGUCCGCACGCCGCCGCGCCGUCGUAUUCUGCGCCGCCCGUUCUCCAUGCCAUCGUUCCGCCACCGCCCGCUCACUUUACCGUCGUUCCACCGCCCGCCCCCUCGCUCGCAAAACGCCCGCCGCCUCGACAUGGCCCUCCGCCGCCGCCGCCUCAACCCAAGCGCGGACGAGGCGGCAAGGGCCGCGGUCGAGGCCGUGGACGCGGCGACGCCGCGGCGGCGUAUCGGCCGACGAGUAGCGGCGGCGGGGCGCGCGUGCCGCGGUCUCGCGGACGCGGCCGUUCGUAGUUUGUUUGCUGUUCGUAACGUUUGUGAACGCGA